AUGAUUCGAGGAAUAUUAGGUUUAAAGAAAAAGUCUAAAAAAAACAAGGACAUUCCGAAUGAAGGAAAUAAUAACAACAAUAAUAAUUCGGUCCGAUUCGAGGAAAGACAAAGCUUGGACGUCCCAUCAGCUCAUGAUACCAUUGAACCUACAAGAAAAAGUCUUGAUAGCACAUCAACGGUUGAAAAAAAGAAAAGAAGGAGUUUUCUUAGUUUUAGAAGGAAAAAGAAGGGGACUGAAGAAAUAAUUGAACCUCCAAAGGAUACAGAAUCUGAUGAAGAUGAAGAGGAAUUAAAUAAUAUUAUUGACUCUCAAUUACUUCCUCAAAAUCAAAAAACACCAAGAUACUAUUCAUCUUAUAUUGCAGAUAGUCAUGAAAGUCAACACACUAGUACGAAGCCAAUCAAGCCAUUUAAAUAUAUAUCAGUUGGAGAUUUGAAAUUACUGAAUAUCAAAGAGGAAGCUCAAACAGCAAGUCCAUCCUCUGAACUUUAUAUAAUUGCCCAACUUAACCAAGGUGAUGAAUUUUCCAAUUUUUGCUACAAGCUCCCUCUAUUAACCAAGAAUGAAUUUCUUGAGUGGAAAGACUGUGAUGUGGAGUUUGUUUAUGACAAAGUAACUUCUAAAAAACUAAUGAGAUCCAGCGUUUCAAUCUCGGACUUACUAGAGAUGGAGGAAGCAAGUAGUGCUGAUGAACAUUUCACAAAUUUAAUUAUUCCGAGCAAGUCAAUGAUUUCGGAUCUGACUAAGGAUUAUGUUAGUAUUAGAGUAUUCGAGAAAACGAAAGAUAAAAAAGAGGAUGAACUGCUUGGCUAUUGUAAUAUUGAUUUAUUCACAAUUGCCUUGCAUCCUCUUAUUGAUUUAGUGGGAGUUUCGCUAACAAAAGAUGAGAAAACACUUUCACUGAGUGAAUAUAUUGUUUCAUUUUCAAUUACGACAUCACUCGCUCCACCAACAAAACAUACGAAUGGAUAUUUGUUUAGUACUGAGGAUUCUUUGAUUAUUCAAGGCCAAUUCAUUUCACCUUUUUCAGGACAAAAUAUAUAA